GAGCUGCGUUCAGGGUAUCUAGGUGUUUGAGAGUGUGGGCCGGAAAGUGGUCUGGAAUGUGAGCUGCGUUCAGGGGAUCUACGUGUUUGAGGGUGGGAGUUGGAAGCAGGCAUUACAUUGCCUUAACCUUGAUCCCUCCAAACACCCUGCAACUGCAGCAGUUCUAUUGGAGCUGUCCCUGAGGUCGAGGCUCCAGGAGUCGAGGCCGAGGAAGAGGAAGGCAGAGUCUGCAGCUGUACUGACAGCCUCACCUUACAAAAGGUUGCUGGAGGAAAAGGCUCGACAGAAACAUCAACAAGAAGAGAGAGAGAGAAAGAAAAUGGUGCAGGUUCUUCAAAUAAAAGUUGUCUCAAAGAAGGUUGUUGCAGCACAACAAGCCACAUCAGCCACCAAAGAAGGUUGUUGCAGCACAACAAGCCACAUCAGCCACCAAAGAAGGUUGUUGCAGCACAACAAGCCACAUCAGCCACCAAAGAAGGUUGUUGCAGCACAACAAGCCACAUCAGCCACCAAAGAAGGUUGUUGCAGCACAACAAGCCACAUCAGCCACCAAAGAAGGUUGUUGCAGCACAACAAGCCACAUCAGCCACCAAAGAAGGUUGUUGCAGCACAACAAGCCACAUCAGCCACCAAAGAAGGUUGUUGCAGCACAACAAGCCACAUCAGCCACCAAAGAAGGUUGUUGCAGCACAACAAGCCACAUCAGCCACCAAAGAAGGUUGUUGCAGCACAACAAGCCACAUCAGCCACCAAAGAAGGUUGUUGCAGCACAACAAGCCACAUCAGCCACCAAAGAAGGUUGUUGCAGCACAACAAGCCACAUCAGCCACCAAAGAAGGUUGUUGCAGCACAACAAGCCACAUCAGCCACCAAAGAAGGUUGUUGCAGCACAACAAGCCACAUCAGCCACCAAAGAAGGUUGUUGCAGCACAACAAGCCACAUCAGCCACCAAAGAAGGUUGUUGCAGCACAACAAGCCACAUCAGCCACCAAAGAAGGUUGUUGCAGCACAACAAGCCACAUCAGCCACCAAAGAAGGUUGUUGCAGCACAACAAGCCACAUCAGCCACCAAAGAAGGUUGUUGCAGCACAACAAGCCACAUCAGCCACCAAAGAAGGUUGUUGCAGCACAACAAGCCACAUCAGCCACCAAAGAAGGUUGUUGCAGCACAACAAGCCACAUCAGCCACCAAAGAAGGUUGUUGCAGCACAACAAGCCACAUCAGCCACCAAAGAAGGUUGUUGCAGCACAACAAGCCACAUCAGCCACCAAAGAAGGUUGUUGCAGCACAACAAGCCACAUCAGCCACCAAAGAAGGUUGUUGCAGCACAACAAGCCACAUCAGCCACCAAAGAAGGUUGUUGCAGCACAACAAGCCACAUCAGCCACCAAAGAAGGUUGUUGCAGCACAACAAGCCACAUCAGCCACCAAAGAAAGGGAUGCGGGAUGUAUUUUCUGUGAGGAGCUGUUUUCAGUCACGGGACUGGAUUAGAUGUCAGCAGUGCAGGAGGUGGUCUCAUGAGUUGUGCUCCAAUUGUACUGGGGAUAGCUUAAUGUGUGACCUAGGUACAAAUUAGAAUUGUGCAAUAGCAGAGCAUAAGAGAUGCAACAUCAAUGUUACACUGAAUUAGUUAUGUUUUUUUGUUAUUAAAUGUUAUAUUCCAAUGUUAUUUAAUGCUAUUAGUUAUAUUCCAUUCCAAUAUCAUAUUGCAAUGAAUAUAUUUUUUUAUGAAUUAAAAACAACUA